AGCUGACUCUGUGUAAAUAUGGCGAGCAUAGCAGAUGUCGGCUGGAAGCUCCUGGAAUUCAAAGCCCGUUCAAAAAGAUCAGAUUUCUGAAUUAGCUGAGAGAGACGAUUGGCCUUAAUUUCACCUAUUGAGAAUGGCUGUUUCAGUGGCUGCCAAAGCUCGGUCCCAUCCUGAAGUUCUCAGACUCGGCUCCAUCUACGAACCUCUGAGGCUGUCCAGUCUCCAGCGAGAUGAUGAGCCUCUGUGGGAGAAGCUGGACCGUUACUACAAUGCAGUUAAGACGACCAUUCUGAACUACCAGAGUCCUACCACCGGCCUUUUCCCUGUGAGGACUUACUCCAACUGCAAGGAGGCAAAAGUUCGGGAUUCCCUGUAUUGUGCUGCUUGUUCCUGGGCUCUGGCCGUUGCAUACAGGUGGAGGAGUUUAAAAAGGACCCUAGCCCCUCCAAGUGUCUGCACUCAGUGUUCCACGUAGACACCGGGGAUGAGAUUCACUCGUACCGGGACUAUCACCACCUACAGAUCGAUGCAGUUUCUCUGUUCCUGCUGUACCUGGUGGAGAUGAUCAGCUCUGGUCUGCAGAUCAUUUACAACACUGAUGAGGUUUCCUUCAUCCAGAACCUGGUGUUCUGCGUGGAGAGAGCCUACAGGGUGCCUGACUACGGCAUGUGGGAGCGAGGCAGCAAAUACAAUAACGGCAGCACAGAGCUGCACUCCAGCUCUGUGGGUCUCGCUAAAGCUGCUCUGGAAGCCAUCAACGGAUUCAACCUGUUUGGAAACCAGAACACAGAUGCUGCCUUGCUUCCUACCAUCAGCUACCCUGCCUUUGCGGUCGACGACGAUGCACUCUACUCUCAAACACUUGAUAAGAUUGUCCGCAAACUGCGAGGCAAAUACGGCUUCAAACGCUUCCUCCGGGAUGGCUACCGCACCGCCAACGAAGACAAGAAUCGCCGCUACUAUAAACCCGCUGAGAUGAAGCUUUUUGAUGGGAUCGAGUGCGAGUUUCCCAUGUUUUUCAUCUACAUGAUGAUUGAUGGAGUGUUCAGAGGAAACAAGGCCCAGGUGAAGGAAUACCAGGACCUCCUGGAACCCAUCAUCUUCCAGUCUUUUGAGGGUCAUGCUGUGAUUCCCAAAUACUACUACGUACCAGCGGACUUUGUGGAGGCUGAGCAGAACAAACAUGGAAGCCAGAAGCGUUUCCCUAGCAACACCGGCCGUGACGGCAAGCUCUUCCUAUGGGGCCAGGCAAUGUACAACAUCGCUAAGCUGCUGGUGGACGAGCUGAUCAGUCCCAAAGACAUUGACCCAGUCCACCGGCACGUGCCGCGGCAGGACCAACGCAACGUCAGCAUGAGAUACUCCAAUCAGGGUCCUAUUGAGAACGAUGUUGUGAUUCACGUGGCCCUGGUUGCUGAGAGCCAGAGACUGCAAGUUUUCCUAAACACGUAUGGAAUUCAGACUCAGACGCCCCAGCAGGUCGAGCCCAUCCAGAUCUGGCCACAGAAGGAACUGGUCAAGGCAUACGAGUUUCUGGCCAUCAAUAAGAAGCUGGGGUUGAGUGGGCGUCCAGAUCGACCAGUAGGCUGCAUCGGGACAUGCAAGAUUUAUCGUAUCUUGGGCAAGACGGUGGUGUGCUACCCAAUAGUGUUUGAUCUAAGCGACUUUUACUUGUCCCAAGAUGUCAUGCUGUUGAUUGAUGACAUCACGAAUGCCCUACAGUUCAUCAAACAGUGCUGGAAGAUGCAGGGACGUCCCCUCUUCCUGGUUCUCAUCCGUGAGGAUAACAUCAAAGGAAGCCGCUUCAAUCCAGUCCUGGACAUGCUGGCAUCAUUCAAGAAAGGCAUCAUAGGAGGAGUUAAAGUUCAUGUUGACCGACUUCAGACCCUGAUAUCGGGGGCGUUUGUGGAGCAGCUGGACUUCCUACGUGUCAAUGAAGCAGAGAUUCCAGAGUUUAAGAGCUUUGAGGAGCUGGAGCUGCCGAAGCACUCAAAGGUGAAGAGACAGACGAGCACACCAAACGCCUCCGACCUCGAGCAGCAACCUGAGAUCAGCGUGGAGGAGUGGCAGAGAAAACCCACCCAUGAGAUCCUGCAGAAGUUUCAUGACUGUGACUGCUUGGCCAGUCAGGCUCAACUUGCCAGCAUCCUACUUAGAAGAGAAGGGCCUGACUUCAUUGCUAAGGAAGAGAACAUGAUGGAGGAGCUGGAGAGAAUCUACAGAAGAGCUGGCAGCAGAAAGCUUUGGUCUGUUGUCCGUCUUGCUGCCAGUCUGUUAACUAAGCUAGUGGAUAGCCUUGCCCCCAGUAUUACUAGUAUUUUAGUGCAAGGCAAGCAGGUGACCCUUGGUCUGUUCGGCCAUGAGGAGGAGGUGAUCUCCAACCCCCUGUCUCCUGGAGUCAUCCAGGGCAUCAUUUACAGCAAGUGCUCUCCUCACGGUGGAGAGAGGGAAGCUGUCCUCCAGCAGGAACUGGUCAUCCACAUCGGAUGGAUUAUCUCCAACAACCCUGAGCUUUUCAGCGGCAUGCUCAAAAUCAGAGUCGGAUGGAUUGUUCAGGCCAUGAAGCAUGAGCUGAAGAUCCGAGCUGGAGACAUGCCUCCUCAGGACAUCUACCAGCUGUCUCCCAGCGACAUCAAGCAGCUUCUGCUGGACGUCCUGCAGCCACAACAAAACAGCAGAUCUUGGCUGAACCGGCGUCAGAUCGAUGGCUCUCUGAACAGAACCCCCCCUGGGUUCUAUGACCGGGUGUGGCAGAUCCUGGAGAGGACCCCCAAUGGUAUCGUGGUGGCUGGAACUCACCUCCCACAGCAACCAACACUGUCUGACAUGACUAUGUACGAGAUGAACUUCUCCCUGCUGGUGGAAAACACACUAAAGAAGAUUGUUCUGCCUGAGUACAGACAAAUCAUUGUGGAGCUGCUGAUGGUGGUUGCCAUAGUGUUGGAGAGAAAUCCAGAGGUGGAUUUCAGUGACAAGGUGGAUCUGGAUGGUCUGGUGAAGGAAGCCUUUAACGAUUUUCAGAAAGACCGCAGUCGUUUUGAAGGCAUGGAGAAACAGGUAGCAGGCUUCAGUCUGGAUGACAUGGAGGCAUUCUACAAAACACCACCUUUAGGAAAGAGAGGCACCUCUGGCUACCUAACCAAGGCAGUCAUGAUUCAGUUGCUGCAAGGAGAAGUCAAACCCUGUAAGGACGACCCAUGCUCUGUUAGUUAAAGUCACUGCACUGACCAAGUGGUCUUUUGAGGAAUACUUAGGCCAUUUUCCUCAAAAAAUAUUUGUGUAUGUCAGAAAAUAGAGAGUCUUAUUUUUUCUUGUAAUGCUUAAAUAUUAACUCUUAAAGUUGUGUAUACUAGUGAUCAGAUGUUUCAGAGAUUUAAAAAUUUGCCAACUAAGGCUCAGGUGUGCAGUAUGUCUCACUGGUAGGAUCCUGCAGAUGGUAGCAAACAAAAGAACUGUGGACCUUGGCGCUUUACACUCAUAAGGGCCUUAAAAACAGGCUGUUUUCUUCAAAGUACAACCUGCAUACCUGUUAGUGUGUGGCUGUCUGGCACUUUAAAUGUAGACCUAUCUUGCAACUUAUACAUUAUGGGCUAUUAUUUACACACAAGCAUCCAUAAACAUAUAUGCAUAUUGUUUGAGUUGAAUGAUUAGUGUUUUCUGUUGACCUUCCCCUAUGCAUGCACAUCCUGUCACUAGCUGAUUGCUGUAGCCGUUGUGAGGGGUUUUCUGAAUGUAACUAAGUGACUACUGGAUACUUUUUUUAGACAUUUGUGUUUUUGUGAAAGACUGUUUGCAUCAUUGAUAGGAAUGAAUAAAAACUCACUCUGACUAGUUUUUAAGAUGCACCUCUUUGAAUAUCAUCAAUAUGAUGGCAUGACCCAAACCCAUUUGGAAGCAUAAAAGCAUGUUUGUCGAUUUGUUUUCUCUCUGGGUCUUUCAAAAGAUUUUUUUUAGAGAAUAAAGUUUUUGGUGGAAA